CAGUCGAUCCGUUGGCGGUUAGCAGGCGACUCAGAGCGGGACACUUAAAAAUAAAAACAACCCACCACAUAUGGUCUUGGCAGCUCCAGGAUGUCACUUAAAAGCUUUAUUGCGGGUAUACAUAUCUCAUUCUCUCAAUAUGAGUACAUUGGUUGUCUUUUUUCAACGAGAUAGAGUGGUGCAGUGUCGGGUUUUGUUGUCGGUUCUCCUAGCUACAAACUCACUACAGUCUCUGCUACGGUAAGUGGCGUCGGACCAAAACAGUACAAAAUGCCUCCCAAGAGGCAACAGGUGAGGCCAAGAGCAGCCAAUAUCUCCAGCUCCCUGGACCUGGAGUCGGAGGACAUCAGCCUGGAGACCACGGUGCCCACCACCGAGGACAUCUCCUCCUCCGACGAGCAGCGCGACGGUUCCCAGAAGGUGACCCGCCAGCUGAUCGAGAGGAAGGAGCUGCUGCACAACGUCCAGCUGCUGAAGAUAGAGCUUUCUCAGAAAAACCUCAUCAUAGACAACAUGAAGGCCGACCAUAUGUCCAAGGUUGAGGAGCUAGAAGAAAGGCUGAAUGAUGCUCUACAUCAGAAACAAAUGUUGGCCCUGAGACUUGACAGCCAGCUGAAACUUAACCAAGAAGAGAACAGGAAGCAGCAGGCUCUGCGUAAACAAGAGAUGGAGGCCAUCCUGCUCAGGCAGCAGCAGCUGGAGGAAACUAACCGGCAGCUGUGUGAUAAGGCUGGAGAGCUGCGGAGGUCGCUCAGGGAUCUGGACAUCUCCCAGGACCGGUACCAUGAGCUCCGCGACCUCCCUGAUGACAAACUCUCCAUACAGGAAUAUGUAGCUAUGCGUUUCUACGAGGUGGUGACUCCUCUGCGGGCCCAGCUGUCUGAGCUCAGUGUGAAGAGAGGAACUUUAAGUGAAGACCUGGACACACACAGAACCCAGAUGAGGGCUUUGAUGGAGAGCUACGAGGAGGAGCGGCGGCUACGUGCUGAGCUGGAGUUGAGGAGCCAGAGACUGACGCUGGAAUUGGCCGACACCAAACAGCAGAUUCAAGAAGGAGAUUAUCGGCGGGAAAACUAUCCUGCCAUCAAACGUGAGCGGGACAACUUUGAAUCAGAACUGAAAGAUUUCAAGAGAAGAUUUGAGACACUGGACCUGACUCACACUGCAGUGACCAGAGAAAGGAACACACUCAGCACAGAGGUGGCGACAUUGCAGCAGUCAGUGAGUCUCCUGCAGAAGGAUAAGGAGUACCUCCACCGGCAGAACAUGGAGCUCAGUGUGCGCUGUGCACAUGAAGAAGACCGCCUGGAGAGGCUGCAGGUACAAUUAGAAGACACUAAGAAGGCGAGGGAAGACGCCUAUGAAAAAUACGUAGCAUCCAGAGACCACUAUAAGUCAGAGUACGAGACCAAGUUGAGAGAAGAGUUGGAGAACAUCAGGCUGAAAACCAGUCAGGAGAUAGACAACCUGCAGAGAACGUCCAGGGAGAUGUAUGAGAGGGAGAACAGGAACCUGCGUGAGGCCAGAGACAAUGCGGUGCUGGAGAAGGACAGAGCCUUGGCUGCUGAGAGAGACGCGCAGUCCAGAUACGAUCAACUGCUGGAACAGUUUCGUCAGCUCCAGCUGGGUACCGACAGCCGAGUAUCAGACCUGUCCAACCAGGCCAAGCUGCACUCUUUCGAAGCCGAGCGCGCUCAGAUGGUCAAAGAAGAGACGGCUAAGGCCCUGGCCCAGUGCCAGGUGGAGUGUGAGAAACAGCAGAAGAAACUCGAGCUCCUGACCCAGGAGUUUUACCGCCUUCAGUCGUCAUCAGAGAAACGGUUGGCGGAGCUGCAUGCUCACAAUGCCGAGCAGGCAUCGCGGCUGGAGACGUAUGAAAAGCUCGAGCAAGAGUUGGACCAGGUCACCAUGCAGGCUGCUGAAAUUGAGAAUGAAGAGGAGGCAGAGAGAGUUCUGUUCUCGUACGGCUACGGAGCAAACGUUCCCACAACGGCCAAAAGAAGACUGAAACAGAGCGUUCACCUGGCCCGCAGGGUGCUGCAGCUCGAGAGGCUGAACACGUCACUGAGGCGGGAGCUGGAGAGACACCAGUCACAGGCAGGACAGAUAUCUGACGAGAUCUCCCACAGCAACUCAGUUUAUGGUUACUCCACGGCUCCUAUGAAAGCAUUGUGAUUUAUUUCAACUGGUUUUUCCUCUCUGUGAUGACAUAACAUAGUCAUUAUCGUAGAGAAGCAUGGCUCCUCUCUCAUCACCAACUAUUUACCUCAUCAAUCCAUCGCACGACACUCUGCUGUGAAAGUCAAUGUCUAAUGAGCAUCUAAUCUUAAAAGACAUAUCGUGCAAACCAAAAAAAGGAUUUUUGCAGCUUGUGAGGUCGGUCAGCACAUGGAUCAUCAAACACUCUUCAGGACUCUUUAGGCAGGGUGUUGUCUGCUUUUUUCUCUCAAAAACCGUGGUCCAAGCUUAACAAUAGUCUCGCCAAUUCUCUGUAUGUACUUUGAAAGCUGUGUCAGGAAACUGACAGGUUGUUUGAGAGCAGACAGCAGACACCUCACACCUUAUAUGAGAAGAGCCAGAAGUUAGUCUUUCUUAGUACCUGUCACACUUGUUGACACAGUGGGAAACAUUACCAAGAAAGCGUGACGGCCGGGCUCUCCCUACAACUCACCUGGCCAAUCACUGAGGCUUUUGUUGUGUGUGGCACACCAUGCAUGUGUGUGCAAUGCUGAGACUUCAAUAUUGGGUGUGUUUAUUUUGUCUUUGCAUGUGAAGUCACUUGUCUACUACUUGUGCCAUGAUGCUUAAAAUCCAACAAUGUUUGAAAUGAUACAUGUGACAGCUGUGUUUCCUUUCCUUAAAUCUAAGACUAAGUCUAAUUCUCUCAAUUUAAGUCAUUUAGAGGUGAGAUUGUGCAAGUUAGAGUAAAGGCUGGGCUGGUUUGAGACUAAAUAAGCUGGCCAUUCAACUGUCCCCUGUGAUUGAAUGACACUCAGCUGGAAUGCCUCAUAUUCAUUGAGCGUGAAAAGAAAGGGUGAAAAAGGAUCUUUUUUCUUCUAUAGAUAGGGUGUUAACCACUUAACCACCUACACAGAUGCUCUGACUAAGUAACUGUUGUCCUUACCCUCCCACCCAGUUCUACUCACUGCUGGCUGGCUGUAAAAGUGGUUUAAUGAGUAACAACACCCUAACUUUGUCUAUUGUUGCGCAGAUUAUAAGCAUGAUACUGGCUGAGUAAUAUAAGGCAUAUGAGCAAAAACAAAGGUUGGAAACUUUAUGAAUCUUCACUGCAUUUGUAUUUUAUACUACUUUUAAUAAAUGAUACACCAUUUUAUAAAUCUCAAUUUUAUUUCCACCACUGAUGACAUCAGAGAUAAGAGUAUCUUGGCAGUGGUUGUGGCUUUAAGUCGUUCUUUAUUUUUAAUAUUAACCACAUGUAAAACAAAACUUUUAAAGUGGAAAUAAUAAGUCAUGUUCAGUUCAAUACACAUCUAACAUGCUGAUAAACGGUUAGGCCCUGAAGUAUUUUGGUUUUAUACUGUAUAUCAUUUCUGAAGUAUGCAAAUAUGUGAGUUGUUCCCCAGUUGUUGGCAGCCAACCAGCUGUUACAGCAGACGCAGCAGCCCUAUAGCUACCUGAUAGAGACGGUGAGACAAAGAGACGCCCAGAUCGGCACACUGAAGGAGCGUCUUUCCUCGCUCGAGGACGAA